CAAAAAAAAAAAAGUCGCUUCUUUCUCUCUAGUCUUCUCUUCUCUGUCCGACGGCCCUUUCCAUUUCUUUUUCCUCUUUUUUUAUUUCCAAUUUUAUUUCUCUCUCUAGAUCACAGUCCUCCAUUGUUUCUCUCUCUAAACCUCCAUUUUUCCCUCUUCUGCACUUCAAUUUCAUCUCCGAAGAUCUUCCAUUUUCUCUCUCCUACUCUACACUCCAAUUCGAUCUCUAUAGAGGAGAGAGAAAAUUGUCGACGAUUCUUCAGAUUAGGUUUGGUUUUUUCCAUCUCUCUCUUCGCACCUUGGAUCUGAGCAGCAAUGGCGCUUUCUGGCAUGCGAGGUCUCUCAGUGUUCAUUAGCGAUAUUCGUAAUUGUCAGAACAAAGAGCAAGAGCGUUCUAGGAUCGAUAAAGAGCUCGGCAAUAUACGUACCAAAUUCAAACAUGAAAAGGGCUUAUCUCCAUAUGAGAAGAAAAAGUAUGUUUGGAAAAUGCUUUAUAUAUAUAUGCUUGGUUAUGAUGUUGACUUUGGUCAUAUGGAAGCUGUCUCUCUGAUAUCUGCACCAAAGUAUCCAGAAAAGCAGGUUGGUUAUAUAGUGACAUCUUCUUUACUCAAUGAGAAUCAUGAUUUCUUACGGCUCGCAAUAAAUACCGUACGCAAUGAUAUCAUUGGACGCAACGAAACUUACCAGUGUCUUGCCUUGACUUUGGUUGGAAAUAUUGGUGGUAGAGAAUUUGCAGAAUCGUUAGCACCUGAUGUGCAGAAGCUACUGAUGUCAAGCAGUUGUAGGCCAUUGGUGAGAAAGAAAGCUGCUCUUUGCCUUCUUCGCUUAUAUAGAAAAAAUCCAGAUGUCGUAAAUGUAGAUGGCUGGUCAGACCGAAUGGCACAACUUCUGGAUGAACGUGAUUUGGGUGUUUUAACAUCUGCUACGAGCCUGCUGGUUGCUUUGGUAUCGAAUAACCAUGAUGGAUACUGGAGCUGUGUGCCCAAAUGUGUCAAAAUUUUGGAAAGACUUGCUAGAAACCAGGAUGUUCCACAAGAAUACACAUAUUAUGGCAUCCCAUCUCCCUGGCUUCAGGUUAAGGCUAUGAGGGCCCUUCAGUAUUUUCCUACUAUAGAAGAUCCAAAUACCCGGAGGUCAUUGUUUGAGGUUUUGCAACGGAUAUUAAUGGGUACAGAUGUUGUUAAAAACGUAAAUAAGAACAAUGCUUCGCAUGCUGUUCUGUUUGAAGCCCUUGCCCUUGUUAUGCAUCUUGACGCUGAAAAAGAAAUGAUGUCACAAUGUGUUGCUCUGCUCGGGAAGUUUAUUGCUGUUCGUGAGCCAAACAUACGAUACCUUGGUUUGGAAAAUAUGACCCGGAUGUUGAUGGUUACAGAUGUGCAGGACAUCAUAAAAAGGCAUCAAGCUCAGAUCAUCACCUCACUGAAGGAUCCUGAUAUCAGCAUUCGGAGGCGUGCUCUUGACUUGCUUUACGGAAUGUGUGAUGUUUCAAACGCAAAAGACAUUGUUGAGGAAUUAUUACAGUAUCUCAGUACAGCAGAAUUCGCAAUGCGAGAAGAAUUGUCUCUAAAAGCUGCCAUACUUGCAGAGAAGUUUGCACCUGACUUGUCAUGGUAUGUGGAUGUGAUCCUUCAGUUGAUAGAUAAAGCAGGCGAUUUUGUUAGUGAUGACAUAUGGUUUCGUGUGGUGCAAUUCGUUACAAACAAUGAAGACUUGCAACCUUAUGCAGCAGUGAAGGCCAGGGAGUAUCUUGACAAGCCUGCUAUACAUGAGACAAUGGUUAAGGUGAGUGCUUAUAUACUUGGAGAGUUCGGCCACCUAUUGGCCAGAAGGCCUGGCUGCAGCCCUAAAGAACUUUUUUGCCUUGUCCAUGAGAAGCUUCCUACAGUGUCAACUUCUACUAUUCCCUUACUGCUGUCCACAUACGCUAAGAUUUUAUUGCACGCACAACCUCAAGAUGCAGACUUGCAGAACACAAUUUGGGCAGUGUUCCACAAAUAUGAGAGUUGCAUUGAUGCAGAGAUACAGCAACGUGCUGUAGAGUAUCUCGCAUUGAGUGAAAAAGGUGCUGCCUUGGUGGAUAUAAUGGCUGAAAUGCCAAAGUUCCCCGAGCGACAGUCUGCUCUAAUUAAAAAAGCUGAAGAUGCUGAAAUUGAUGCGGCUGAGCAAAGUGCUAUCAAAUUACGGGCGCAACAGCAGACAUCAAAUGCUCUUGUUGUUACUGACCAACAGCCAGCGAAUGGAACUCCUCCAGUUGGACCUCUUACUCUUGUGAAAAUGCCUAGCAUGAGCACCGAUGCGGAUUAUCAAGGUACACAAAGAGCACUACCUCAAUCAAAUGGGACUUUGAGUGAAGCAGAUACCCAACAUGCUGCUCCAGCUCCAGAUCUUCUUGGUGAUCUUUUGGCUCCUCUUGCUAUCGAGGGUCCUCCAGGUGCGACCAUGCAGUCAGAACUGGAAGUGGUACCAGGAGCUGAAGGUACUUCAACUGCAGUGGAUGCUUUGGCACUUGCACCAGUAGAUGAGCAAACAAAUACUGUACAGCCGGUAGGAAAUGUUGCAGAAAGAUUUCUGAACUUGUGCGUCAAGGAUAGUGGCGUAUUAUAUGAAGAUCCUUACAUUCAGAUUGGAACAAAAGCAGAUUGGCGAGCCCAUCAUGGUCGUAUGGUCCUUUUCUUGGGAAACAAGAACACUGCUCCACUUGAUUCAGUACAGGCAGUAAUCUUGCCUCCUGCUAAUCUGAAGUUGGAACUUUCAUUGGUACCUGAGACUAUACCUCCCCGGGCUCAGGUGCAAUGCCCACUCGAAGUUGUGAAUCUCCGACCAAGUAGGGAUGUUGCUGUUCUUGACUUCUCAUACAAGUUUACAACCACCGUGGUGAAUGUAAAGCUCCGUCUUCCUGCUGUCUUGAGCAAGUUCAUGCAGCCAAUUUCUGUCUCUGCAGAAGAAUUUUUUCCUCAAUGGCGGUCCCUUUCAGGACCGCCUUUGAAGCUCCAGGAAGUGGUCAGAGGUGUUAAACCUAUGGCAUUAGUGGAGAUGGCAAACCUAUUCAAUAGCUAUCACUUGAUGGUUUGUCCUGGACUUGAUCCGAAUCCUAAUAACUUAGUGGCAUGCGCAACAUUUUAUUCAGAAAGCACAAGGGCCAUGCUGUGCUUGAUUAGAAUAGAAACUGAUCCUGCAGACAGAACUCAGCUACGCAUGACAGUCGGCACUGGAGAUCCCAUAUUGACUUUCGAGCUCAAAGAAUUUGUCAAGGAACAAUUGGUUGCCAUUCCAGCAACUCCGAGAGCAGCACCACCAACUGUACCAGUACCUCCACAGUCCACAAGCCCUGUGGCAGCAUUGACAGAUCCUGGAGCUAUUCUUGCUGGUCUGCUGUGAAUAAGAUGCAGUUGAUGUGUUGAGAUGAUCUCUGUUAAUAUACAUGUACAAUUGAUCUACAGCCAAGCCUUGAUUCAUCUAAUUGAGAGAAGAGGUGAUAUUAAAACUCUAUCAUGCUGGGGCUGGCGGAAAUGAGGAUGAGCUAUAGUGAUCAGCUGCAUCUUUGCAUAUAAACAGGGCAGAGGGGGCGUCCGGGAUAGGGAUUCUUUUACAAUUUCAAGGUGCUUUGGUGAGAUUUCUUUCAGCUUAGUUUUUCCCCUCUUGAUUUUGUUUUAUCAUUUUUUUUUCUCCAUGUAGGAUACAUUAUUGGUGUUGGGUCUUGUAAUAUUUGUAGUAUUUAGCUUGUAAAAGAAGCAUCGGGCAUUUUUAUUAUAUUUUUGCCCCCUCAAUUUUUUGGGUGAGAAAGGGUGUGUAAGUGAAAUGAGGAAGAAUUAGAGUGAUUAAAAUUCCUAUAAUGUCGCCAAGCAUAAAGCUGUAACCAGCAAAAUUAACCAGCAACAUUGUUGGUACGAUCACGAUGUCUAUUAUUGUUUAUUUGUAGAUCAAUGUCAAAACAUGAGUUUACUUUUA